UAAAAAAUACUUAGUCACAAUGUAUUUAUUUUCCUUCGAUCUUUUGUAGUUCAUUACAUUUUUAUUUAACAAACUCCUCUAAAAUGUUUAUACUUCAUUAUUUUUCAUUGACUGUCUUAACUUUUUUAGCUGUACAAGAUUUAGUAUUGUCUUUAACUUCUUCGGAUAAAAUAAUUUCCUAUGGAUAUCCUCUCGAAAUAUACCAAACCAAAACAGAAGACGAUGCUUUACUCGGAAUGGAAAGAAUACCUCACGGUAAACGAUUUAAUGGAACUAUUGGAAGACCAGUAAUUCUUAUGUGUGGAUUGCUAUCUAUCUCAUUUCCUUAUGUUAUGACAAAUGUUUCAAUGGCCUAUAGUUUGGCUGAUGCUGGAUUCGAUGUUUGGUUACUUAAUCAUAGAGCUAUGGGUUUAUCUAAGAAUGUAAUAGAUCCAAAAACAGGGAAAAAGCGUAAACUAUCUCAGAUUAAUUGGAACUACAGUAUCCAUGAACUCGGCGUUUAUGAUUUUCCUGCAGUUGUUGAUUUUGUCUUGAAUCAUACAAAAUAUUCCAAGGUAGACGUCGUGGAUAUUUCUUUAGGGACAGGUAUAUUGUUGAUAGGUUUAUCAGAAAGACCUGAGUACAAUGCCAAAAUUCGUAACAAUAUAAUGAUAGCACCAGCUGUAAGGAAUGCACAUACAUUAGGUCUAAGACCUUUUCAACUCAGAUAUGCACAAAUUGCUUUCCCUGUAUUUAUUAGAGUCCUGAAGAGAUUAAAAUUCUUUGCCUUAUCACUAAACCCAGACAAUAAUAUACUAGGAUAUUUUUGUAGAAAUAUUUUUUACUAUCAUUGCUUGGCUAUUAUGAUUUAUUUUGAUGGAUUUCUUAAUUCGAUAGAUCACAAAACUGUCGCAGAUAUAUUUACUACUCAUCCUCAACUUGCAUCUUCGAAGUAUUAUAUUCACGUGUUGCAACUUUUACAAUCAGGUCGUUUUCAAAAUUUUGAUUAUGGUCCAAUUGAAAAUAUAAAACAUUAUAAUUCUACUAUUGUUCCUGAAUAUAAUGUUACAAAAGUAACGGCACCUUCAAUCAUUAUCUACUCAAAAGAUGAUCUCGUUGUAUCACCUGCGGAUAUAAAAUGGUUGUUGAAUAAUAUGCCCAAUAUUAAAGAAACAUAUUUUAUUCAAAAAGUACCAUUCAGUCAUUUCACGUUCUUACUUGGUGAAAAAGCUCAUACUGUUUUACAUCCUUAUAUUGUUAAGAAAUUAUUGGAAGACGGCAAAAAAAAUACAUUAUAAAUAUCUAAUCCCCUGAAGUAUUAUAAAAAUUAAAAAUUAUAAUGAUAUAA